GACCACAAAAAAUAUUUUGACGUUUUAUAAACUUCAAACAAUUUAAACUAAAAUGGAAGAUCCUCAAACGCUAUUAAUGAUGGUUUUAAAGCAGCAUUUUCGAGAUCGUCCACAAAUUCUCGAUGAAGCUCUACACAUAAUUAAAGAGUAUUCUAAUCAGGAUUCAACAGAAGAACAAUACGAAAAGACUGUUCAAAUCUUACGUAAAAAGAUGAACGAUUUACCCAUAGAUAUUUUAUUAUACUUCUUGAACAUGGUUCCUUUACCUAAACAAGUCACAGAAAACUUUAAAUCUUCAGUAGCUGAAGAAGUUCAAAAAAAUAGCUUUCAAUUAGAUAACAUUCGUUUCAAGUUAGUGGAAUAUUUAAACAGUAAAAUCCCACCUUUAAUUUCAUUGAAACGAGAUCCAGAUAAAAAACCCUCACUUACCAGUGAUUUUCUACGUCAUAAUGGAAAUCCUAUUCAAUAUGUUCGUCCCAAACGCGUAUGGAGAAGACGUGGAAGGGCUAAACAGAAAGAUUGUAAAGCCCUUUUAGAUAUUUGCUCGGAAUAUGUUAUAAAAAACCAAAAUAAGCUAAAAAAAUUAUACAAAACAAAAAAAGAAUUUGUUUGGAGCUUGGUAAAUAGUAACAAAUAUGAAAAUGAAGAUUUAGUUUUGCUUUAUGAUGUUAUUGAGGAUUUAAACAAAAAGGAAAAAUUUAUUCGAAUGAUUGACAGUGAAGAUGUUUGUUUUGAAGUGUUAAUGGAAGAAUAUGGGGAAAGUGAUGUUCUUUUAAAAGAACGGCAAAUUUAUGAAACUGUUACCGAAGAUCCUUUUGAAAUUACUGAUGAUUUAAGGGAAGCUGUUUCUAGUUUUGUUGAUAAUUUUUGAAAUGUAUUAAUUUUGAAAGAUGUUAAAUGUUUAACCAUUACAUUACAUAUUCAAUUCAAUUCGUCAGUGUAAGUCCAGACUUCUUCUUGUUACUUGGAAAUUGGUCAAUGUAAUUUGGAACAAUAUCUGGAAGUCUGGAUUCUCAGCAGUGUAAUUUGAAACUUUCUUUUUGGUAAUUCUAAACUUUUCUCGUAAUCUUCAAUUCGGGUAGCGCGUCAAUUUCACACUUCCUCUCGAAGUCCCAACCCAACCCACUUUAACCCUUGGAAGCAUGAUUUUCUUGA